CAAUAAAGAAGAAGCAGCCCACAGAUUCUUCAAAACCCCAUUUACUGUGUGUAGUUCGUUGGGGGCAUCGGCUCCAUAAUCUCGCGUUUCCCCAACGCGACGCACACGAGCCUAUAAGAACAAUAAUCUCCCAUUCAUAACAUCCUCAAUUCUUCAUUGCACGCAUUGAGUUGAGACUUGAGAGCAUCGAUAUGCAGAGUCUGCAACAGAAAGCUUCAGAGUGGAGUGGCGUUGACCAGGAAGAUGCCUUCUCCAUUGACGAGGUUAAUCUUUUUGAGAAGCUAGGGCUUCAGACUUUCAUCAAUCUCUCCACCGAUUUUUACACAAGGGUUUAUGAUGAUGAAGAAGAGUGGUUUAGGUCUAUUUUCGCUAACUCAAAAAAGGAAGAUGCCAUUCAAAAUCAAUACGAGUUUUUUGUGCAAAGAAUGGGAGGACCUCCUCUGUACUCUCAAAGGAAAGGCCACCCUGCUCUGAUAGGGCGGCACCGCCCAUUUCCGGUGACUCAUAAGGCGGCAGAGAGGUGGCUACACCACAUGCAACAAGCAUUAGAUAACACUACAGACAUUGAUCAUGAUUCAAAAACCAGAAUGCUAAAUUUCUUCAGGCAUACUGCAUAUUUUUUGGUGGCUGGUAAUGAUCUGAAAAGUCAAAGCCAAGGAGCUCCACCUUAGGUGAAACCUCAGGCGAUCGGAGAAACUAAGAGCCCGAGUGCUGGGGGCAUUCAUGGACUGAAGAAGACGAUGAGGCUAGAGAAGAAAAUCACAAUGGCAAAGAAGACGAAAAAACAGGUGUCGGUGAUGGUGGUUAAGGGCAAGGUUUUCAGAAUAAUUUUGGAGAACUUUUAA